UUCAUAGCAAGCGAGUGACGCGGAGUUCCAAAGUCAGCUAUUGGUCCAAACACGUCCCGCCCUCCAGGAAGUAAAACAGAAGGCGGGAGUCAAGCGCUGCAGCCGCAUGAUGUUGAAUACAAGUUGGUGUAAACACUGUUGUACAUGUUGUAUUAGUCCACGAUUUUAACGUACUGUUUUAUUCGUCAUAAUUUUUUGUAUAAGAGCAUAUUUAUGCAUGUCAGUUUGUGCUCAUUUAGUUUUCAGUCGAUGUUUAACAGUUUUAAAAGCUGUUUAAAUCUGAGGGCUGAAUUAGCACCAUGAGCAGGUUAAGAUCUACUGUUUUGAAGGGGAAGAGAGCGGCCAUAGAAAAUACUGAGCUGAUCAAAUCCUGCAAUAAGAACAGAAAAUCAAAGCCUUCCAUUAAAGAGGAAACAUCUGAAACUGAACCCUCAUUAUAUCACGUUUUCCAUGAUCCAACUGAAAUAUCCGUGUUCCGCUCUCACCUGAUGGAGUGGUAUGAUCAAAAUAAGAGAGAGCUUCCCUGGAGGACAUUGGCGAUGACAGAACCAGAUGAUAAUAUCAGGACAUAUGCAGUAUGGGUUUCAGAAAUCAUGUUACAACAGACUCAAGUGGCCACAGUGAUAGACUACUAUAACAGAUGGAUGAAGAGAUGGCCGACUGUGGAAAAACUUGCUGCUGCUACACUGGAGGAAGUGAACCAAAUGUGGUCAGGUCUUGGAUACUACUCUAGAGGACGCAGACUGCAUGAAGGUGCUCAGAAAGUGCUAUCAGAACUGGAUGGGGAGAUGCCAAAGACUACAGCUGGACUGUUGAAACAGCUGCCUGGCGUUGGACGCUACACAGCCGGAGCGAUUGGUUCUAUAGCACUUGGACAGGUGACAGGUGCUGUUGAUGGAAACGUCAUUCGAGUUCUGUGUCGCGUUCGAGCCAUAGGAGCAGACAGCAGCAGUCCUGCUGUAACAGAUACUUUGUGGAGAAUUGCAGAUACACUUGUUGACCCAGAGAGACCAGGAGACUUUAAUCAGGCUAUGAUGGAGUUAGGAGCCAGAGUCUGCACCCCAAAAUCCCCUCUGUGCAGUCAGUGUCCUGUUCAGACCCACUGCCAUGCUUUCAAGAAGAUGAGCAUUAAACAAGAGACUGACUGCAAAAGACUUCUAAGUAAACUUGCCUCAAAUCUCAAAAACCCUGUUCCUGAUAUAGAGAAUUGUAUGUCUGCUGGCAGCUGUAACUUGUGUCUGUCAGAGGACUGGGACCCUCAGCUGGGGGUACAGAAUUAUCCCAGAAAGCCUGUUAAAAAGGCUCCACGUGUGGAACAAACACUGACCUGUAUAGUGGAGCGCCAGCAAGCCGGAGAGGAGACGGAGUACCUGCUCACUCAGAGGCCAAGCAAAGGACUCCUGGCUGGGAUGUGGGAGCUACCCAGUGUGCUCUUGCAGGCUGACGUCUCUGAGAAUAAAUAUAAAGAGUUGAUAUGUGACAUGAUGCAGAAAUGGCUGGAAACACCCCUGGACACUAACUCAGUGCAGUUUGUGGGAGAGGUGGUGCAUAUUUUCUCCCACAUCCAUCAAACCUACAUUGUGUUUUUGGUGCGUGUUUCUGACUGCCAUGACAGAGAGGAAAAGCAGAAGACCUGCUGGCUAACUAAAUCUGCUCUGCAGGAGGCGGCUGUGUCCACUGGGGUUAAAAAGAUUAUGAAGCUCUAUGAAUCUUCAAGCAAGUUGGACCACAAGGAAAAGAAGAGAAAAGCCGGCGCUGAGAAACAGUCAAACAAAAUAAAAAAAACCAAAGGUGCUGCUACUAAUGUAGGACCCAAACAACUCUGCCUUAGUAAAUUCUUCUCUACCUCAAAGACAACAGUUAAAAGCAAAUGCUCUUAAGAACUGCUGGUCUGGAUAUUAAAUCUUGUUUUUUUUUUU